CACCACCUUCAUCUUCAUCCUCCACAUGUUCGGGUCUCUCUCUCUCUCUCUCUCUCUCUCUCUCUCUCUCUCUCACACACACACACACACACAGUGAUGUCGCGGUUUUAGCGCGAGGAUCCUGCCAAUAGCCAGACAGGCACGAGUCUGAUUUUUUAAUUAUUAUUCAUUGUUUUAUUGUCACUUAUUUUAUGUCCUUCUGUUAUUUUCCCUGAUUUGUUUUUUUAUUUCGUUUCUCUAACACUCUUUCUUCUCCUAUGUCUUUCGUUUUUCAAUAAACGUUUCGUUUGCGUUUGUGAAUUGUUUGGUUCUUUUUCUAAGCAGAACGAGCAGAACUGUAUUUUUUAUUUUUUAAUUUUUUUAUUUUCACUAUUUUGUAUGAACCCUGUCUCGGUGUGUUGGUUGUAAGGCAUAUUUCGCGUGUGGGACAACCUUAACUUUGCCUGUAGAGAGACGACGGCAUCUCCAAACUAACAUGGCAGUCAGGCUGUGUGAUGUGGCUUCUCUGCUUAGAAGUGGCUCGUGGGCGGCAGAGCCUUGGACUGGGCAGGUAAUUGCUGCCAUGGAAACACAGCUAUCGAACGGACCGACCUGCAACAACACGAGCAAUGGACCCGCUCCCAUCUCCAACAACUGUACCUCACCUGUGGAGUCCACUGGCAUCGAGGACAGUAAAACCAACCUCAUAGUGAACUACCUUCCUCAGAACAUGAGCCAAGAAGAGCUAAAGAGCCUUUUUGGCAGCAUCGGAGAGAUUGAAUCCUGCAAAUUAGUACGAGACAAAAUCACAGGGCAGAGUCUGGGUUAUGGAUUUGUGAACUAUGUGGACCCGAAAGAUGCAGAGAAAGCAAUCAACACUCUAAAUGGACUGAGGCUGCAGACCAAAACAAUCAAGGUGUCGUACGCCCGUCCUAGUUCAGCCUCCAUCAGGGAUGCUAAUUUGUACGUGAGUGGUCUGCCGAAGACGAUGACUCAGAAGGAGCUGGAGCAGCUCUUCUCUCAGUACGGCCGCAUCAUCACCUCCCGCAUCCUUGUCGACCAGGUCACAGGUGUGUCUCGAGGCGUGGGUUUUAUCCGUUUUGACCGGCGGGUGGAGGCGGAGGAGGCGAUAAAGGGUCUGAAUGGUCAGAAACCGCCUGGCGCCACGGAGCCCAUCACAGUGAAAUUUGCCAACAACCCGAGCCAGAAGACCAGCCAGGCUCUGUUGUCUCAACUCUACCAGAGUCCAAAUAGGAGAUACCCUGGACCCCUUACCCAGCAGGCACAGAGAUUUAGGUUGGACAACCUGCUGAACAUGGCUUAUGGAGUGAAAAGUAGAUUUUCUCCUAUGGCCAUCGAUGGGGUCACCAGCUUGGCAGGCAUCAACAUCCCAGGGCAUGCAGGCACGGGAUGGUGCAUAUUCGUCUACAACCUUGCGCCUGAUGCCGAUGAAAGCAUCCUGUGGCAAAUGUUUGGUCCAUUCGGCGCUGUGACAAAUGUGAAGGUCAUUCGCGACUUCAAUACAAACAAGUGCAAAGGGUUCGGCUUUGUCACCAUGACUAACUACGACGAGGCGGCCAUGGCCAUCGCCAGCCUGAAUGGAUACCGCCUCGGGGAUCGAGUCUUACAGGUCUCGUUCAAAACCAACAAAACGCACAAAGCUUAAACCAUGACGGCCAACUCCUGAUUUGUUUCUAGAAAAUUCCGGGAUGGGGGGAAAAGUGAGGGAUGGGGUGAAAAAUUGAAAUAUAAGGUGAACUUUAUACACAAAAACGAACAAAAUCACUUUUGCAAAUCAGUGUUGUAGAAGAAAAUACUGUUUAGUAUCCAGUGUGUUUUUUGUUUUUGAUAUCUUUUUUUUUUUGCCCCAUUGCUUUCCUCUUUGCUAAACUUUAACAAAAAAAGUUGAAUAAUAGCAUGCAUGGGUGGCGAUUGUGCCCAUCUUAUGAUAAUUUUUUCUUUUGAUAUUUUUCUCCCCAUCUUUUUUUUUUGUUUUUUUUGUUUAAUGCGCUUAACAACAUUGGUGAACAAUUUCAUCUUAACAGUUGUUUUGAGGAAACAUUUAGUUCGUAUUAUCAGUUAGUUGUUACUUAUUGUUAAAUUAAUUGAGGAAAAAUUAAAAAAAGAUUAAAGACAAAAAAAAAUUCUUAAAGCGGUACCUUGCCAAAGAGCUACGAACCUCUUUGAAGUGGGUUUAAAAAUCGUCUAUUUUUAUAAAAAGAAAAAAAUUUGGAGAAACUUUUUACUGGACAUGGAGCAAAUAUUUUGACUUGGAUACUUUGAGAAACUAUCUUCAUAUGACACCCUGUGAGCUUUUGAGACUUUACCAGAAAGUUUGCAGAGAUUGAAAUUUCUGGAAAGAUUUAUGAUGACAAAGAUACCUUUUGCGAUCUUUGUAUUAACCUUUAGAUUCUAGAGCCAGUGGUCCUGGUUUCAUGUGUUUAAAAAAAAAAAAAAAAAAAAAAAAAUCUGGCGGACCACCAGAGUUGUUG